ACACAUGCCUGACUACAUUAAAAGAUUAGCCAUAAGAACGCUAGUCCAUUAGCAUUUGCCAUCGUCGAUAUGGCUACACACAUAUUUCUGCUCAUCGGCCUCGUGGCUUCGUCUGCAUUAGCAGGGCCACAGCCAACAAUCAAAUUACAUAAGGACCAGCAGAACACCUUGGCUGUUUUCUUUCCCGAUGUACCAACUGUAUAUACCAUUGAAUUCAAGUACGCUAUCCAUCAACCAUCGGGACAUUUACCACGUUUGAUGGACACUGUCACAGUAUAUAGAAAUCCUGUUGGACACUUCUAUUGUGAAGUCGAAAGCAAACCUGCCUUCACCGAUAAAGAAGUAAUGGAAUAUUCUGUAAACUAUUUAUCAGCAACUGGCGAUGUUGUAUACCACGUGGACGGUGUAUUCAGUAUUCCAGCUGCUUCAUCUCUGAGCCCUAGGCUAUACCGCCGUGGUAGCACGGUCUUUCAGGACACGUUCAACUCGCACCAACUCAAUUUGAAGAACUGGAACCAUGAAAUAACAUGCUGGGGAGGAGGGAAUGGAGAGUUCCAGAUCUACACACCGGAAGCUGCCAACACGUACAUCAAGAAUGGUGUUCUAUAUCUCAAACCGACGUUCACUGCUGACAAGUUCGGAGAAAGUUUUCUUCAAAACGGCGUCCUUGAUGUCAAACAACAGUGGGGGUCAUGCACAUCAGAUAAUGACAAUGGUUGUCAUCGUCGGGGAUCGCAGAUUCCACCAAUAAUGUCAUCGAAGCUGAUCUCUACAGCGUCCAUCUCACACGGACGAGUUGAGGUGGUGGCACAGAUCCCUAAAGGGGACUGGAUCUGGCCAGCAAUAUGGCUCCUUCCUCCCGGGUGGCCUUGGAAAUAUGGCGCUUGGCCAGCUUCCGGUGAGAUCGACAUUAUGGAAUCAAGAGGUAACCUCCAUAUGAAAGACGGUGGUGGCGCAAGCCAAGGUGCUGACCGGGUCUUGUCCACUAUUCACUACGGAGCGUCUCCUAGUCAACACAGACAACAAGGACAGUUUAAAUUGAGCAAAGCUGGCACAACUUGGGGUGAUGGUUUUCAUACUUACUCAGUGGACUGGACAGAUGGACAUAUCAGGAUGGACAUAGACAACCAGCCAGUCAUGUCCUGGUCAACACCCUCUCAAGGGUACUGGUCAUACAGUCAUCAGACUGGUACCAAUGUCUGGUCCAGUGGUGGUAAAGAUGCGCCCUUUGAUGGGAAGAUGAGCCUCAUUCUGAACGUCGCUGUAGGCGCCACCAAUGGUUACUUCCCCGACUCAUGGCGAAACACUCCUCAUGCUAAACCCUGGAAGAACAACUCACCAACUGCUAGUAGGGAUUUCUGGAAGAGCAAGCACCAGUGGCAGUCAACUUGGCAUGGCGAAGACGUUGCAAUGAAGGUCAAGUCGGUCAAGAUGAUACAGUAUUAAUAACAGAAGAUUGGACAAGGGUUAACGGAAUAAAAUUCAUUGUAAUA